AUGAAUUUCAUAUUCAAAAGCAAACAAAGGACACCGGGGGAGUUGGUGCGCCACCUGCGAGAAUCGAUAGGGAGAUUGGAGACGGCCAGUGCGGGCAGCAAUGUGGAGAGCAAACGAAAGGUGAGUGCUGAUAGCGCUGGGCGCAUUUGGCCCGGCACUGCUUCGACUACCGCGAGAAGAGUCGGCGGCCACCUCCUUCAUCAGGCUUGGCGCUUCCCGGGUGAUGCUGAGUAUUCUGCCUGGGUGCCAACAGGCUGGCGAGGAUGUGUCCAAGAAUCUCUUCCACAUCAAGGCGAUACUUUUCGGCGACGGAGGUGAGUGACAUGAUGACAGUGUGCUUUGCGCGCCUGCUGUGCCAAACGUAGCUGAUUGCGCUGUCGGGGACGUGAAGAGAAUGAGCCCCAGCCAGAGCAAGUAGCUCAGCUCGCGCAAGAGGUCUACAACAACGACGUGCUCCAGCUCUUGGUGGUCAACAUUUGGAGAUUCGAGUUUGAGGUGAGUCAUAAGGUCGCUCACUAUUCUACUGGCGCUCUGCGCGGGCUCACCUUCAGCCCUUUGCAUUGUCGUCUUGCACGCUAUAGGCUAAGAAGGACGUCUCGCAAAUUUUCAAUAAUCUUUUGAGGCGUCAGAUCGGAAGCAGAUGGCCCACUGUAGAAUACUUGGCUACCAAGCCCGAAGUGAUCUUCAGCGCGCUGAAAGGGUGAGCCAGGCUGAUUGUCACACAGGCUUCCCGACACUUCGCUCUGACGACGUGCGCGCACUCCCUUGCUGCCAGAUACGAGAACCCUGAUGUUGCUUUGAACACUGGCAUGAUUUUGAGGGAGAUGCUGAGGCAUGAAGUGCUGGCAAAGACUUUGCUGUAUUCAGAGAAGUCAGUGAUGGAUGGUCUGUGUCUCCACAGGACGCUGCUGCUGACUCUCCGAACCGCGCUGGGCUCUGCCGCCAGGUUCUAUACUUUCCCCGAUCACAUCGAAAAGACCACCUUCGGCGUGUCUUGCGAUGCCUUUGCCAAUUUCAAAGUGCGUGCGCCUGCCCACGACGUGAGCCAAGUACUCCCAUACUGACUCAUAACCUUCGCCCAAAUCACGCUAGGAAACGCUCACGCGACACAAAGCGAUGGUCGCAGAGUAUCUGGAGAACAAUUACGACAAGGUCAGUCUGCAAAUUUUGGAGGGGAUAACAGAGUAUUCAGCUGAUUUCUGGUCCAUACCCUCUGGUCAUCACUAGUUCUUUUCAAUGUACAAGGGUCUCUUGCAUUCGCCGAAUUACGUCACAAAGCGGCAGUCUCUGAAGCUCUUGGGCGAGAUUUUGCUGGACAGGACAAAUUUCAACGUCAUGACAAAGUACAUUGCAUCGGAGGACAACCUGAAGGAUAUGAUGAAUUUGCUCAAGGACAAGUCGAAGAACAUUCAAUUCGAGGCUUUCCACGUCUUCAAGGUGAGACGGAAGGCAGCGACUCCGCCGAAGCGGACAAGCAGGCUCACUCACUCGCUUGCUACCACUCACAGGUCUUCGUGGCAAAUCCAAAGAAGCCGCCCGUCAUCGAGAACAUCUUGCGUCGCAACAGGGAGCGGCUGGUGCAAUAUCUGAGCAAUUUCCACAACGACAAAGACGGUGCGUGCGCCUAGUCAAGCGUAUGGGAACGCAAAUUAAGCGUUCGACUCACGUAUCCGGCUCGCCUGUGACAGACGAGCAAUUUGUGGACGAGAAGCAAUACGUGCUGCAGAUCAUCGAGUGAGUUACCCUUUACCGUGCAGGAGACAGAUGUGCUGGUUACUGCUCACAUUUCUCGCUUGCUGUCAUUCCCGUCACAGAUCCACCGGGCAACCCAAGGUGGCGGCAGCAUAG